AUGUCAGAGCUUAUUCAAACAAAUCUUCUCUCAAGAGCUGAAAAAGACCCUUCAAUAAUUUCUCCAAAGCCAAAAAGAUUGUCAAUGGUUCCUUCCCAGUCCACUAUCAGCAACCCAUUUAUUUCCUUGCUGGAAAAUCAAUGCCAAAACGAAGAGGAUUCAAUUUUGAAUGAAUUGCAGUUUAUUCUUACACAGCCUGAAGCACCAAAGCUUAAAUGGCCUACCACAGUGAAGUCUCCUGCAUUUUGCAGAGCACAACGGCCAAUGUCACGUCAUACAAGUAAUCCAAUAAUCAACGACGCUUUAUUCCAAGAAUUAAACUGUUCUUAG